UUUGGAAAGUUUUCGGGAAAAUCUAUUUACACUAGGUGUGUUUGUGCAGGAAAACCGGUAGCAGGAGUGGAUUGCAACCGCAGCAAGGGCUACGUGACCAACGCAGUGGGCGAAUGCGUGUGCCCGCCCCACACUGCGCCCAACAACAACGACGACUGCGUCCCCUGCAGCGCCGAUAAGGGGCUGCGCAUUGAUGAGCGCGGUAGAUGCGUCUGCGCGCUGGAACGGGGCUUCAUCAUUGAUGAGCGCGGCAACUGCGCCUGCCAUCUGGAAUAUGGAUAUCGACUGGACGCGCGAGGCAACUGCGUCCGGGAAAAGGUGUCCGACUGCGAAACCAACGACGAUUGUCCCGACCAUAAAUACUGCAACUUGGAGACGAAAACCUGCGACAAUCCGUGCGCUACCAAGCGCUGUGGGGUUUAUGCGCUGUGCAACGCCACAAACCAUCAGGCCAUCUGCCAGUGCGUGAGCGGAUACUCUGGGAAUCCUGAUAAAUACUGCAAUGGCAGCAUAGCCUUCCGCACCGACUUCCCCAAACCGGAGAUGCUAGUCAGCUGUCUAUCCGAUGGAGUCCAAGUGAAAAUCGACGUGAACGAACAGGAAGGCUUCAAUGGCGUUCUCUACGUUAAAGGCCACAGCAAGGACGAGCAGUGCCGAAGAGUCCUCACUCUGCCUGCCAGCUCCCACAUCAGAACCGAACUGUUCAAGGUGCAGUUCGGCAACUGCGGCCUGAUCCAUGUGAAUGGCAAAGCCAGCUUCGUGCUGGUGAUCCAAAAACACCCGAAACUGGUCACCUACAAGGCGCAAGCCUACCACAUUCAAUGCGUCUACCAAACCGGCGAGCAAAACGUCACACUGGGCUUCAACGUGUCCAUGCUGACGACAGCAGGAACGAUAGCGAAUACGGGCCCGCCUCCCACCUGCCUGAUGAAGAUCGUCACGCCCACCGGCCAGGAAAUCAACUCGGCAGAAAUCGGCGACAGUCUUAUUUUGCAGGUCGAUGUCCAGCCCGGGUCGAUCUAUGGGGGCUUUGCCAGGAGCUGUGUGGCCAAAACAAUGGAGGAUGCCGUGGAGAACGAGUAUUUGGUCACCGAUGAGAACGGCUGUGCUACGGAUCCGUCCAUUUUUGGCGACUGGGAGUACAACGCCGAUACUCAAAGUCUGCUGGCCACUUUCCACGCGUUCAAAUUCCCCAGCAGCGACAAUAUUCGAUUCCAAUGCAACAUCAGGGUCUGCUUUGGCAAAUGCCAACCGGUAAGUUCGAGGGUCGGUUUCAUUGACAGCGAUGGACGCGGAAGUCUGCAAACAUUUUUACUCGAAUGAAUCAAAAAGUGCCAC